AAGAAAAAAAUAUUCAGCACAGUUUCUUCCGUCAACGGCUCCAUUCCCAUCUCCAGAGAAACCAGAAGAAGAGCAGAAAAAAGUAUUCUAAUUUUGCCCUUCUCUUUCUUCUCUAUUCCCAACAAUGGGCAGAAAACCAAACGAAUCGGAAACUAGCCGUUGGGCUUGUCUGCCCUUCCUUUUGACGGGCCUCCUCUCAUGCUCUCUUGUCUACAUGGGCCUUUCGGUCGUCUUUCGUCAGUCAAAUCCAACGUCCGUAUCGAGCGUCGGAUCGGUGAUGCUGUCGAUGGGGGAGAAAGGGGUCUCGACGGUAGGCUGGGAGUCGAACGAUGAGGAUGUGGCGGAGAAUUGUUGUCAGGGUAUGGAGAAUAUGGAGCUUUGGGGCGCUGCUGUGAAGUGGGGGACGGAUUUCAAGUUCAAUUCGUCGCGGGACUGCUGCAAGGCGUGUAAAGAGAUGUGUGGCCAUGGGGACGGCCCGUGCUUGUGUGAUUCGUGGGUCUUUUGCGGUGAUAGGGAUAGAUGUGGUGAGAAGUUUGGGGAGUGCUGGUUAAAGAAACAGAAGGAUCCUUUACACCCUGACAUUCAAGAAUCAGGAGAAAAAGUUAUUUGGACUUCUGGGCUUAUCUUUGGGAAAGGACAGGGUAUUGUUGGCCUGGAAACAGAAUAUGGGAUUCUUCAUAUAAAACUUCUCCCUGAUUGUGCUCCUCGUUCUGUGGCCUACAUUACUGAGCUAUUGGGGGCACGUCAUUGUGCGGGCUGCCAAUUUUAUCGGGCAGAAGGCCGGGGAAGCUCUUGGGAUUCAGAAGGGAAACACAUAGCAGAUGCUCCUUUAGGCCCUCCUUUCGCAUUGAUUCAAGGAACUCUUGAAGCUCAAGGAGUCACAUUCAACCAGAUACCGAUGGAAGCAUGUCCGACCAUAAAGAGAGGAUCUGUUGCAUGGAUUGGCUCAGGACCCGAAUUCUUUAUAAGCCUUGCGAAUCAUGAUGAAUGGAAAAGAACAUACACCGUUUUCGGGUCUGUCCUGCCGGAAGACAUGGAAGUCGCCGAGAAAAUUGCGGAGCUCCCCGCCAGUUCAGACGUGUGGAAUAACAUUAAAGUGUCUGUCUUGGAGAAACCUGUUGGCCUAUGGCUCAAAAGAGCAACAAAAAAUCACGGGGACCUGAACCUCAAGGCCGAUGCAGAAUCAGAUACCACCGGUUCUUAGUUGCGGAUCAUGUCUACCAGCCCAUCUUUCACUCCUGAGGGCUUGUCACAGUCCUGGUCUUACGUGGGCUUCAAUGCAUUCGGUUAUUCGAGCCUUAGCAACAGAAUAAGAUGCACUUCUUCAGUCAUUGCAUGUUUGGCUGCUUGAUUCCUGUGUCAUCAUCUUAUGGAUCCUCUAUGUAAUUGGUUGAGGGGUGCCCAUGAAAGUUUGUAAAGGAAGAAAGAGAAUUCACAAAAGAAUUGUGCAGAAUCCAAUGAAAUGGAUGUUUGGGGGAUGAAACCAUUGGCUGUGUGAUGAUGCAACAGUGACUGAAAUUACCUGGGCUGACUUGCUUGGGGUGUGUUUGGAUGCAUCAUCAGCUUGAAUUUUGCAGUGCUAGUCUUAAAAAGUUGAAAUCACUGAAUUGUGAUUCUGUAGCAUUCUUAUUGAGUGCCUUGGGCCCCAAAUUGCAGCGUAGUUGCAAUUCAAGGCCUA